UUCGUCAGAUGUGACGAAGUUUCACGAAGUUUCAAGGCAUCUCUUGUGUUAAUGCUGGAAACGGGGCGCAGCAACAACUGAAAAGUUUUCUAACAGUUAGGAAAAUGGCUAGCGCGGCGCGAAUAACGGAAACAACCCGUGGUUGAAGAAAACAAAAGUGAGAAAAAAGGUUCUCCUUACUCCGAAAGUAUGCCAAACAGCAUGAUUACGUAGGUUUCGGUUUCCGAAAAAAAGUAUAGGUUUUUUUUUUUUUUUUUGGAAGUUUGCUGCUAAAGUAUGGCGCGGGCCAGCGAAGAGAGUGCAAUGGAGCAGAAGAGACGCACGAGAAAAAAAUCAAAAAAGAAAGAAAGCAAAAGCCGCAGCGUGCACUCUAACCUCCUGUAUGCAUCUUUCACGGCAGAAGAGAAUCCCAAUAGACACUACGCCAGCAACAAGAUCAAAACGACCAAGUACACGCUGCUGUCUUUUCUGCCGAAGAAUCUAUUCGAGCAGUUUCACCGCUUUGCCAAUGUCUACUUUGUUUUCAUCGCGCUGCUUAACUUCGUACCUCUAGUCAACGCUUUCCAACCUGAGCUGGCCUUGGCUCCUGUUGUCUUUAUUUUGUCGGUUACCGCUAUUAAAGAUAUUUGGGAAGAUUACAGAAGGCACCGCUCGGAUAUGGAAAUCAAUCACAUGGAUUGCCUGGUGUAUUGCAGAAAUCAAAAGAAGUACCUGGAGAAAUACUGGAAAGAGAUCCAAGUUGGGGAUUUUGUACGACUGCGUUGCAAUGAGAUUAUUCCUGCUGAUGUUCUGCUCUUGUCUUCAAGUGACCCAGAUCGUUUGUGUUAUAUUGAAACAGCUACCCUGGAUGGGGAGACUAACCUCAAGCAACGGCAGGUGGUGAGAAGCUUUGCAGACCUGGACUGUGAGUUUGAUCCCAUAAGGUAUAACAGCAUUACUGAAUGUGAGAAGCCUAAUAAUGAUCUGAACAGGUUUCGCGGUUACAUUGUGCAUAAAAAUGGAAGAAGAGAUGGGCUGUCCAAGGAUAACAUUUUGCUCAGGGGAUGCACUAUACGAAAUACAGAAGAAGCUAUAGGAAUAGUAAUAUAUGCCGGUCAUGAAACCAAAGCUAUGCUCAAUAACAAUGGACCACGUUACAAGCGUAGUAAACUGGAAAGACAAAUGAACGUGGAUGUAUUCUGGUGUGUGAUCAUCCUAUUCACUAUGUGUUUGUUUAAUGCUGUGGGUCAUGGACUUUGGGUUUGGCAGUAUGGAGAUAAACGACCAGUGUUUGAUGUUAGCCCUGAAGGAACUGAUUUAUCUCCUGUCCUGUCUGCAGUGUAUCUUUUUCUUACAAUGAUAAUUGUUUUUCAGGUGCUGAUUCCGAUAUCUCUUUAUGUAUCUAUUGAAAUUGUUAAAAUAUGCCAAGUGUAUUUUAUUCACCAAGAUUUGGAUUUGUACGAUGAAGAAACAGACUCCCAACUUCAGUGUCGAGCACUUAACAUCACUGAAGAUUUAGGACAGAUACAGUAUAUCUUUUCUGACAAGACAGGAACACUGACAGAAAACAAGAUGGUGUUUCGAAGAUGUACUGUAGCAGGAGAAGAAUACUCUCAUGAUGCCAAUGCAAGAAGAUUAGCAAUGUACCAAGAAAAUGACUCUGAAGAAGAGGACUUCAUACCCAAGCCAGAUACCCUUUCAAGACGUGACAGUGUUACAAGUCAUCAGAGCAACAAGUUUGUGCAUAGAACUCAAAGCACAAAGUCCCAUCGUAGAACAGGGAGCAGAGCAGAGGCAAAAAGAGCCAGCAUCCUUUCUAAACAUACAGCCUUCAGCAGUCCCAUGGAAAAAGAUAUUACUCCUGACCCAAAGCUGCUAGAGAAGAUGAAUGACUGUGCUAAACAGCUAAGUGUUAUGAGAAACCUUGGACAACAUUUGAGUAACCUCAGCCCAGAAUUGUCUGAUGUAAUUGAUUUCUUUGUUGCAUUAACAAUCUGUAAUACAGUCAUUGUCUCCUCUCCAAACCAGCCCAGACACAAGGUUCGAGGUAGAUUUGAGCUAAAGUCACCAGUGAAGACCAUUGAAGACUUUAUUCGACGAUUUACUCCAAGUCGAUUAACAUCAGCAUCUAACAGUAGCAGUUUCACAAGCUUGGUGACAAAUAAAUCAUUCCUGAGGACAUGUUCCAGUCAUCUCUCUUCCCCUUCUACAGAUGCAAUAAAUAAACUGGAAGAUGAGCCUGGAAGGUUUACACAUUCUGAAUAUUCACUUAGUUCACAACAGAAAGUCUACAGCAUAGAAGGCACUGAAGAUGGAGAAUUACGCUAUGAAGCAGAAUCACCUGAUGAAGCAGCUCUUGUCUAUGCAGCACGAGCUUAUAAAUGUGCUCUUUUUGGGAGACUGCCUGACCAGGUGACUGUAGAAUUACCCUACCUUGGGAAGUUGAAUUUUGAACUUUUGCAUAUACUGGGGUUUGAUUCUACACGAAAGAGAAUGUCUGUUGUUGUAAGGCAUCCUUUGACCAAUGAAAUUGUUGUUUAUUCGAAAGGAGCUGAUUCUGCCAUAAUGGACCUUAUUAAGCCAUUUCCAUCAACUGACAUCAAAAGUAAACACCAAAGAAGAAUUCUAAGCAAAACUCAAAAUUACCUUAACCUGUAUGCUGCGGAUGGCCUUCGGACUCUUUGUAUUGCCAAAAAGGUCCUUACCAAAGAAGAAUAUGCUCAUUGGCUAAAAAGUCAUCUAGAAGCCGAAUCUGCUAUUCACCAUCGUGAAGAAUUACUUUAUCAGUCUGCUGUUCGGUUAGAAACAAAUCUUCAGCUAUUAGGUGCAACUGGGAUUGAGGAUCGUUUGCAAGAUGGAGUACCAGAAACUAUUGCAGCCCUGAGAAAAGCUGGGCUGCAAGUCUGGGUCUUGACGGGGGACAAACAAGAAACAGCAAUAAAUAUUGCAUACUCCUGUAAACUACUGGACCAUGAAGAAGAAGUUCUUACUUUGAAUGCUGACAGCCAGGAGGCAUGUGCCACCCUUCUUGAUGAAAGUUUACACUAUAUCCAGUCCAAAUUUCUCAAUAAUACACCAAAUUAUUCAGUUGAAGACAAAGAAGUUGACUUUUCUUUUUCUCAUGUGAGUUCAUCUUUCUCCACGGUUUGCUGCCUUGGAUUGGUAAUUGAUGGGAGGACAUUAGCAUACGCUCUGGAUAAAAGCUUGGAAGAUAAAUUUCUUGCAGUGGCACGUAGUUGCAGAUCAGUAUUGUGCUGUCGUUCCACACCAUUGCAGAAGAGUAUGGUUGUGAAGCUUGUUCGGAAUAAGCUGAAAGUAAUGACUUUAGCAGUUGGGGAUGGUGCAAAUGAUGUCAGCAUGAUUCAGGUGGCUGAUGUGGGAGUAGGAAUCUCAGGACAGGAGGGGAUGCAGGCUGUCAUGGCUAGUGAUUUUGCAAUACCACGGUUCCAGUAUUUGGAGAAACUGCUUCUUGUGCAUGGACAUUGGUGCUACUCAAGACUUGCAAAUAUGAUUCUUUAUUUUUUCUAUAAAAAUGCUAUGUUUGUGGCCCUUCUUUUUUGGUACCAGUUCUACUGUGGAUUUUCAGGAUCAUCAAUGGUGGACCAGUGGUAUCUUAUUUUCUUCAAUCUUAUGUUCUCAUCUUUCCCUCAGCUGGUUACUGGUAUUCUCGACAAAGAUGUUUCCUCACAAACACUAUUGACCCUACCUCAACUCUAUAAGAAUGGACAGAACUCUGAGGAAUAUAAGCCGCACAUGUUCUGGAUAAAUAUGAUUGAUGCAUUCUACCAAAGUUGUUGCUGCUUUUUCAUACCCUAUUUUGCAUACCUUGAUUCAGAUGUGGAUAUGUUUACUUGGGGAACUCCUAUAACUACUUUAGCUCUUUUCACCAUCUUAAUGCACUUAGGAAUUGAAACAAAGACUUGGACGUGGCUGAACUGGGCAUCGGUUGUUUUUAGCAUUGCCUUAUUCUUUACAGUUGCCUUUUGUUAUAAUGCUUCUUGUCCUACCUGCUACCCACCAUCUAAUCCAUACUGGACCAUGCAAAGGCUCAUGGGAGAUCCCAUGUUCUACCUUCUUUGUAUUCUUACCCCUGUUGUUGCCCUUCUUCCAAGAUACUUGUACAGAGUAUUACAGGGAACAUUAUUUCCAACUCCUGUCCAACUAAGGCGCCAGCUAGACAAAUAUAUCCAGCCUAACUUGAGCAUCACUCACAAAAACCAAAAAACAGAACCCUGGCUUGAUCCAGACAAUCAUUUUCAGCCAUUUUGCAAACCUUUUCUGAAGGAUCGUUCUAGUGCAGGUGAACAAUUACCCUCUCGUAAGAGACCAGAAACUCCAAAAUUAUCUGAAAAUGGUUCUGCUGGAGUAAUAAAUACAUCAAAAUCUUACAGUAUAGAUAAAGAGAAUAUCUGUUUGCAAAAUGUACACUUAUGGGACCCCUCUUCAACACAAAAAAACCUACCAAAUUCUGAAACUGAAACACUGCCUUUCACAAAAGAUAUUGUAGACUUUGAUUCUACCUUUAAUGAAGAGGACUUCGUACUGGAUUCUGUUUUGGACUUCUCUGACUUCAAUUUACUCAACUGGAUAACAUCAACUCCAUUAUUUAAAUCACCCAGACACCUGGGAGAGCCUACAGCACAGAACUUUUUGAAAACUGCUGAAAGCAACAGGGGAGGCUGCCCCCAGAGUAGUACUCACAUAGAGUCUAAAGAAGGAGUUGCAAAUGGACAAGAAGAGCAGCUUGCAUGCACUACUGCCACUGAUGUCAAAGCAGUUGUGUCUGUCUCGUUAAAAGAGGGAAUUGUUGAAACAAUGUUAUUGUGACAUCACCUGUAUUUACAGAUUAUUUAUCCAUUCAUUUGCACAUUCUGAUGUAAAAUACUGUGCCAACAUGUACAAUUUCCAAAGUAAUUUUGUUUUUUUUUCCUGUAGAUAUAAAUGGAUACAGCUUAUGCUAUAGUAUUUAAAUAAUGUUAUUUUUAUACAUAUAUCUUGUUUUGUUUCUUUUUUUUCAGGUUUAUUGGACCAAAUUCAGAUGCAUUUUAUUUUUGUAAAUAUUGUAAAAUGUUUACUUCAAGAUUUAACUUCUGUUCAAAAGAAGAUUGAUUCCAUUAAGCAAUUUCUAUGUUUGGAAAAUGUUUCAUAAUUUUAUAGAGUACUGAAGUAUUUCAUUCCACAGAAAUGUUCAGGGUUAACUUGUUGAUAUAUUUUGGAAUUAUCUACUUUCUGUCCUUUGGAAUACUGGAAAUAAUACAAAAUAUACCAAUUUGAAUAAUUAAAAUUACAGCAAUAGGCAUGUAAAAUAGUUUAAUGCUAGUUUUCUUAAGAUAAUUUGAAUACAGAUGGUGCAUAGUAUACAUAAAAAUGGUAUCAAUUUUAUUAUAUUACUGAAAACGCGCUUUCUUAUCAUACAGUUUUGUUCUUUUAUACUCCUUAAGCAGUAGCACUCCCUCUAUAACACACAGACUUCAAUUGUAUUUGGAUAUAUUUGAAAUAUCUCUUCAUUUUAGUCAGAACUGUUUUUAUGACUGCUGU